GAAGCUUUCUGUAAACCAAAGGUGAGAAAUCGUUUUGCUUGACUUCUAGUAAUACUCUGCGGAUUUGCUAACUUUAAAAAGGUGAAUAGUAUGAGCAGAAAUAAGGAAUUAUUGUCAAAAGUAGGUCUCCGUAUCGAUGGGAGAAGAGCAAACGAAUUACGGCGCAUAAGAUGUAAGUUGGGCGUCUUCACGCAGCCCGAUGGAAGUGCUUACUUAGAACAAGGCCUAACCAAAGUUUUGGCUGCAGUUUAUGGUCCCCAUCAGGUACGCAAUAGAUCCAAAGCGCAACACGACACCUGCAUUAUUAACACUCAAUUUAGCAUGGCUGUGUUCUCAACAAACGAACGAAAGAAACGGCCUCGAGGUGAUCGAAAGUCUACUGAGUUAUCCAUACACUUGCAGCAAGCUCUUCAAGCGGUUGUCUUAACUGAGCUCUAUCCAUGGUCUCAGAUAGAUGUUUAUGUUGAAGUACUGCAUGCUGAUGGAGGUACAUACCCGGCCUGUGUUAACGCGGCAACGCUGGCUCUUGUAGAUGCUGGCAUUCCAAUCAAAGAGUAUGUGUGUGCCUGCACUGCCAGUUUAGCUAACGAAGAUACACCUCUACUUGACGUUUCACAUCAGGAGGAGGUGAUUGGGGGUCCUACAUUGACUGUAGCUGCCCUACCCACAUCAGCUGACUGCAAAACCAUGUUAAAAGUGGUACAGGAGCCUUAGAAUACGAUCAAAAUAAAACGAUUAUAUAAUAAGCUUGGUAUUUUAUGCAAGUCUUUUUAAGUUUAAGUAGAAAGUGAAACUUCUGACAAAAUUGUUUUAUUUUUUUUUCUUUACCAAUCAUUUUUGGUAUAGAGUUAUAAGUCUGAAUGCAACUAUAUAAUGGUGAUCAACUGGAAUUGAGUACCUUAUAUGAGGUGCAAUGGAACUAUUAUAAAGCAAAAAUCUAGAUUUUUUAUUUAAAAUGUCUGCACACCGUUUUAUCGCACCAUGGAUAGGAGAAAUUUUUUUAUGGCUUGGUACAUUUGGAAUGUCCCACUCAAGUUUAUUUGUUAAGAUAAGUCCUAAGGAACAAGUUUAUAUCACAGUUUUGUUUACUUUUUUGUUUGAUGAUCAUACAUACCAUCUUAUUUGUAUUUAUAGAUAACUCAUUAUAAUACAACCAUGUGUAACAACUAUUUAAGUGCUCAUUUGUACAUUUUUCCAGUUUUUCUUACUUUGUUGCUGACAGAACUAGUACUCUAUCGAAAUAUCUUGCUGUUGGUCCCAAGUAUUGAAGGUUUUGUAUAUAGUAUAUACUGUAGAACUCACUUACUUACUUACUUUUUGAUUUGUUUAUUUGUGUGUAGCCUUUGCCGUCUUUGAAGUAUGUGUGUACAAGUUUUCGUGCCACAUCUCUGAAGCCCAUUUUUUGAAAUUUAUGAAGCAUUAGAUAAAUGUCGACUGUGUCGAAUGCUUGUUGCAAAUGAUGAAAUUGUUUCUUUUUGUGUUAUCUUUUGGAUGUACAACUCAGGGAAACAACACAAUAAGGGCGUAUAAAAAUAAAAGUUCAGAUUCUAACUUUGCCAUUGAUUUAUAUUUAGAAAUGCACAAGUUUGACGAUAAUUUUGAUAUUUUAAAUAGAUUUUCAUCAAGUAAAAGCCACCUUGAAUGUUUAUAAGCCGGAAUCUGGAUCAAUUCCGAAUCUCAGAAAUAAGUAAA